CAUUACUUCCUUAACCUCGCGAGAAGAUGGCCGACACCAAAUUAUAUGAUAUCCUUGGGGUUUCGAAAAACGCAUCUGACAAUGAAAUCAAAAAAGCAUACUACAAAUUAGCUAAAGAAUAUCACCCAGACAAAAAUCCAAGUGCAGGAGAAAAGUUCAAAGAGAUUAGUUUUGCUUAUGAAGUACUAUCAAAUGCGGAGAAGCGAGAGACAUACGACAGAUAUGGGUUACAGGGUAUUAAGGAAGGGACAGGGGGUUCAGGUGGCUUCCCUGGGGAUAUAUUUGGUGAUAUGUUUGGGGGUCUGUUUGGGUUUGGAGGGGGUUUCCCAGGAAUGGGGGGUAUGGGUGGGGGAAGGCGUGGCAGGAGGCGGGGAGAGGACACCAUGCACUCUCUAAGGGUUAGUCUAGAGGACCUGUAUAACGGGAAAACUGCUAAACUUCAGCUUAGUAAAACAGUCAUUUGUCCUAAAUGUAAUGGGCGGGGUGGUAAAGAUGGGGCAACCCAGCGCUGUCGGGUGUGCAGUGGGCGGGGAGUGAAGGUCACACUGCGUCAGUUAGGGCCAGGCAUGGUGCAGCAGAUGCAGAGCAUAUGUUCAGAUUGCAGAGGGGAAGGAGAGGUUAUCAAUGAAAAAGACAGAUGUAAGGAGUGCAGGGGUAAAAAAGUGACACAACAAACUAAAAUCCUUGAGGUUCACAUUGACAAGGGAAUGAAAGAUGGCCAGAAAAUUCCCUUCAGAGGAGAGGGGGAUCAGCAGCCUGAUAUGGAGCCUGGAGAUGUAGUGAUCGUGUUGCAGCAGAAAGAACAUGAGCUGUUCCGCCGCAGUGGAGAGGACCUGUACUGUGCCCACUCCAUCACGCUCACUGAAUCCUUGUGUGGUUUCCAGUUUGUCCUCAAACACCUGGAUGGCAGAGACAUCAUCAUCAAGCACCCUGCAGGCCAGGUCGUAGAACCAGGUUGUAUUAAAGCAGUAAUGGGAGAAGGUAUGCCUAAAUACAGAAACCCGUUUGAGAAGGGGAACCUCUAUGUCAAGUUUGAAAUCACUUUCCCCGAGAGUGGUUUUGCCUCCGCUGAAGCAAUGAAGGCCCUGGAGAAACUGUUGCCGCCACGCCCAAAAGUUGAACUGCCAAUGGGAGAGCAUGUGGAGGAGGUGACACUGUCGGACUAUGAUGGCCACGCCAAUGACGGAGGUCGGCGCGAGGCAUAUGACGAGGAUGAUGACGAUGAUCACCAUGGACCGCGCGUCCAGUGCGCGCAUCAAUGAGGAGCGCAGUCUCUAGCUGUAUACAAUUAUUUAUAUGCAUUUGUUGGACUGAUUCAGAUACGCCUCUAUGAUUUCGUCCAGUUUCUUUUUUUUUUCUUUUUUUCCUUGGCUUUCUAUUUAAUGAAUCUGAUUGUUUAUCUCACUCGAUACUGGGCCAGAACUGGGAGCGUACCCCAUGAGAGGUCUUAGACAAAGCCUUUGUGUAGUUUAACAUGACACACACUGGCUUAUUUCUGAACUGGUCACUCAGCGUGGAGACAUGGACCACUCGAGUUAGUAUACAGAGAGACUGGACAUACCAACUAUUCUGACAUAGGAAAAGAAACUGGAUGUAAACAUUGGAGUUUUUAGGCACACAUUUGCUGACGAGGACUGAACAGAGGUCCUCUGAACUGCUGGUAAUAUUGUAGACAUCAAUAGAGAGGAUUGUCUGUGCGAUGUCGUGUGUGUUGACAUCAAUUAUUUUAGUCUGAUUUGUCUUACCCUCUUAUCCGUGCUGUAUUACAGUUGUUGAACAGAUGAGGUAUCAGUUCACUCGUCACGUAUGUGAUUCUAAGACACUCUGAAUGCUGCCACUUCUGCAUUGAUUCUGGCAAGAUGGGGUGAUUUUCUUUUUUUUAAGCAAAUGCUUGUGCCAGAAUUUUAUCAUAUUUACUGUGGCAGUGUUUUGAGUCUGUUCUUAAUGUUAAAGAUGGAUGUGCAGGUUACCAUUAAUAUACCUGCUAUAUAUUUUGGAAAUUUUGCACAACUUGAAUGUGAACUUUGGAAGGAGCUCUAUUCAGAUAAUGUGUUUACAACCAGUCAUCUGAAAACUCCCAUUGUGUACUUGAGUUUUAUCUUUGUGCACAGCCCUUAUUAUGUGGAGGCUUCAAGAUAAACUGAAAUCAGUCAUCCUCAGGAGCCUGUUUUACAAAGAUGUCACAAUAGCUGCAUCUAGCGCAUUCACCAUGGUAACAUAUUUCCACCCUAUGAUGUAUAUGUUGUCAUGGAAGUGAUGCUGCGACUGCUGCGUUAAACUGACCCCAGAAAUGUAAGUUUACAUGUACUAAAACCACUGAGGUUAACCUAGUAUUCUCAAAGAAAUUACUAGGCUUGGAAGCGUUUUAAACAUGACAUUGUUCGUCCAGACAUUCUGUACGCUUGCAGUUUUCGCUGAGGUCUAUGUUUUAUUUAUCCAAAUGCAGUAGCUUCAAGUGUUCUGUUGUUUUAUAGUGUAAUUCCUGUAAUCUUGUAUGCCUUCUGUAUUUAAGAACAACUUAGCGUGUACAUGUAUCAUAUUGAAGCCCAAGAAUGUUUUGUACUUUAUGGGUGGCCAUUUGCACACAAGUUUCACAUAAUCAUUCUGUCAGUUCAUUUUCUUCCUCCUGGGGCAGGUCCAGCUAUGUGCAUCGGGUAUUUGUAUUGACACAUUACCAUAAUGAGAACAGGAGCAGAUAGCUGUAACAAACAGGAGCCCCCCAGAAUCAUAUCAGCACUGUGUACGUGUGUUUUCGAUUUAUUCUAGACACCAGGUGUGAGGAUUUGCUGGGCUUAUUCUGAAAGGAAGUGUGUCACAUUAUACUAGAGUUCUUUUCGAGAAAAUGUGACAUUUGGAAGGCUGUCAAAUCCCAAGCCUGAGACAGGCCCCCUUGGAUGUCAGUUCUUAACAAGUGGUAGUGAAACAGUUAACUGUUUGUCUUUGUGUUGACUAUAGCAGGAGUAGGUCAGAGGUGUGUCUCAGGUGUCCAGGGAGGGGGAUACGAGAGAAUGAGCGCGUGUGAUUGCGUGACAGUUGUUGUAGACUGUAGUUGCUUUUGUUGUGAGGAAGGAAGAGCGGGCAUUUGAGAUGAAGUUCUGUCUGUUAUAUUCUCUCCUUCCUGUUGUAUCUUACAAAAAUAAAUUUCCAUUUCCUCUUGUCAAGAUUUUA